UGGCUGAACCGAUUUUGAAUUGCAGCACGUCAAAAAAAGCAUAUAAAUUGAAGAAUGCACAGUAGCUAGAUUGAGUCUGAAAUCGCAGCGGAAGUGCCUUAAAAGCGAAAGUCUACGGUGGCGCCAUCUGUUGGCGGCUUCGAACACUUAGGGUUUAUGCAACUGGUGAAUUGAUUUUAAUUGAUAAUUUCCGCCUAAUGCAAUUCAAUCCAAAUAUUUUUGAAACUUCCCACCAUUUCUAUUUCUGCGCAAGAUACCCUGGUUUGCACUGCGCGUGCGCAUCCCUGUUUUUCUGUGAAUAUUCCCAUACUAAGAUACCGAUUUUUUAUAUAAACGCAAGACCAGUUAAAUACAAGUAGUACAUUAAUAAGCGCUACAAAGGGGAUUUUAAUGUGGCCAGAGUUGCUCUAAAUUAAUCAACUAUUUUCGUUCUGGUCAACACGGCUGAUGAAAAAUGUACAAAAACCAGAGGUGAAUUUUAGAAUACCGGUUUUUAAAUAGGUUUAACCGCUAUGCACAGAGCACUGCCUUGUACCUGACCAGCUCUCUCCUUCUCAGCGUGCGUGCGGCCGUGCGCUUGCAUCAUUCUUUAUUCGUAGCUGCUCGAAGCCAGUCGACACACAAGAGCUCCUCGCUUCACGCCUCGUGCUCUCACAAACCUUUCUGAUUUUGAUCUAAAUCCAUUCCCCAGUACAAAUCAACCCACCUCCGUUUUUGUGUCUUCUUACUGCAAAGCCUCUAACUACAAAAGAAUAAUGGACCAACUCUACUUGCAAGUACGCCAACUAAAGACAACUUUUUGGGUUGAGUGUCCAGCCUCUGGCACAGUGCAAUCCGUGAAGGAUGUGAUUAAGAGCAUCACUUCCAUUCCCUCAAAAGACUUCAAGCUGUUCACUGAGGCCAACGUUCCAUUGGAAGAAGAGACUCCUCUAUCGAAGCUGGGUUUCAAGCCAGAAAACCACGACUACCCUGUAUUACACAUGGCAAGCAGGCGACAGGGCGAGACUGAUCAGGACGAGACUGUUCAGGACGAGACUGUUCAGGACAAGAUAGUUCAGGACAAGAUAGUCCAGGACAAGACUGUUCAGGACAAGACUGAUAAAGCUGUUAAAAUUGUACCCUAUUCCAAACCUGCAACUGUACACGAUACGAACGUCAACGCUCAAAGCACCACCGCUCAAAGCACCGCCGCUCAAAGCACCGCCGCUCCAGGCACCGCCAAACGAGGAGGCACCGCAAAACGAGGCACCUCCGCUCUAAGCACCGCCGCUCGAAGUGUAAUCUCCAAAUAAAUCUAAUUCUGCUACAGAGGUCAAACAAUGCCUUA